CAAAAGUGUCUGCACAUCAACAAACACGCUUGACAACAUACUUUCAAAUGGCUAAGAGGAAGAACGAGAAUGUCGAGGCGGCAAGGGUUCCGAAGUCUCUGAAGAGCAGGAAGGAAGAGACGGCACCAGUCACAAAACAGGCCAUAAAAAAAGCUGCAGCCCAAGGCAAGCCAGGUGCAAGCAGUAAGAAAGUCGUCCCAGGCAAGAGCAAGGCAGCAGUAGCACCCAUCCCCGCGCCAAAGGAUGAAACGUCAGAAAUUCCCAGCUUCCAGGUUAUAACUGGAUCCUACGAGAGAGUUCUGCAUGGUUUUGCCGCAGCAAUUCCGUCAGAUCUUGUUACCGGAAAACACGAUGCAUCAGAACCUGAGGCCGAAAAGACCAAAGUGAAUUUCACAGACACUUUCCUCUUCAACGCACACGCAUCCGCAAUCCGCUGCUUAGCUGUCUGCCCACUUUCAGAUGAAACCAACAAAGUCACAUUAGCAACCGGCGCCACGGAUGAGCGAAUCAACCUUUACUCUCUUUCUACAGCACCACCGGUACCCUCAAAGACCCCCAAACUCCCCAGCUUGACAGGAGUCUCUAUUACCGAAAACUCCAAGAACAAGGAAUUGGGCUCUCUUCUCCACCACUCCUCUAACAUUACAGCCCUCUACUUUCCUACACGCGCAAAACUGCUUAGCGCUGCAGAAGAUAGCACAAUAGCCAUCACGCGUACCCGCGAUUGGACCGCGCUAUCCACCAUCAAGGCCCCGAUUCCUAAACCCCAGGGACGACCGAGCGGUGACACCGCAGGGCCAGGCGAAGUUCCUAGUGGCAUCAAUGAUUUUUCUGUGCACCCGAGCAACAAGCUCAUGGUCAGCGUUGGCAAGGGCGAGAAGUGCAUGAGACUAUGGAAUCUGGUGACUGGCAAGAAGGCCGGUGUGCUCAAUUUCUCGCGCGAGAUGCUGUCCUCAGUUGGCGAGGGACGGUUCCAGUCCGGCGAGGGGCGACGCGUGAUCUGGGACAAGGAGGGUGAAGAAUUCACUGUGGCCUUUGAGCGCGGUGCAGUGGUGUUUGGCAUUGAUUCUAAGCCAAAAGCCAAGAUCCUGCCUACACCGAGAACGAAGGUGCACCAGAUGCACUAUCUCCCUUCGGAAGAGGGCCCAAACACACUCCUCAUUUCGACCGAGGAUGGCCGUAUCUUGCUCUACGACACGAGUGCGACGGCACCAAGCGAGGACGCCGAGCCCAAGAAGGAGGAGAUGCCUUCCAGCAAACUCAUCGCCCAGAUCGGUGGCCCGGCAGCUGGCAUCACGGGACGCAUCAAGGACUUUGAGGUUCUGCCAUACUCGAAGACCGACAACUCGAAGCACAUUAUCGUGACUGGAAGUAGUGACGGCACAGUACGCUUCUGGCUCAUCGACACUGCGGAACUGAAGAGCGGCGCGACCGCAGAUGCGGAAGAGGGCAGUGGAUUCGCAGCAAAGCAGGUUGGCCGACUGCUCGGUACAUACUCGACUGGCACACGGAUAACAUGUCUGAAAGCGUACCCCAUGACUGGCAAGCCAGAUGAGGAGGAGAUUGUCGACGAGAAGAUCGAGGUUGAAAAUGAUAGUGAGAGCGAGGAUAGCGAGUAGAUCUUACAAUGUCUCUAUAGCUGUACAACGAUACCAAUACGCAACCAUUUGUACCUUCCACGCUCUCCCUCUGCUCGUUGCUGAAGGAACGCGAUACGAACCUCC